AUGGCGACUGAGGCGCAGGGUGAAGGGGAGGUGCCAGCCAGUGAUUCCCGCCCGAGUGAUGCCAUCUGCAAUUUUGUUAUCUGCAAUGACUCUUCCCUUCGAGGGCAGCCCAUUAUCUUCAAUCCUGACUUUUUUGUGGAGAAACUCCGACAUGAGAAACCUGAGGUGUUCACCGAGUUGGUGGUCAGCAAUAUCACAAGGCUCAUUGACUUACCUGGAACUGAGCUGGCUCAGCUGAUGGGGGAAGUGGACCUUAAAUUGCCUGGUGGGGCUGGCCCAGCGUCAGGAUUCUUCCGGUCUCUAAUGUCUCUCAAGCGAAAGGAAAAAGGAGUGGUAUUUGGAUCCCCAUUGACGGAGGAAGGCAUUGCCCAGAUAUACCAGCUAAUUGAGUAUCUACACAAAAACUUGAGAGUAGAGGGUUUGUUUAGAGUUCCAGGGAAUAGUGUCCGACAGCAGAUUUUAAGAGAUGCUCUCAAUAAUGGAACUGAUAUUGACUUGGAAUCAGGGGAGUUUCAUUCAAAUGACGUUGCUACCUUGCUGAAGAUGUUUCUGGGAGAGUUACCUGAGCCCCUGCUGACUCAUAAACAUUUCCAUGCACACCUCAAAAUUGCUGAUUUGAUGCAGUUUGAUGAUAAAGGAAACAAGACCAAUGUUCCAGAUAAGGAGCGGCAAAUUGAGGCUCUCCAGUUGCUCUUCCUCAUUCUCCCUCCACCCAAUCGUAACUUGCUGAAGUUAUUGCUUGAUCUCCUGUACCAGACAGCAAAGAAACAAGACAAGAAUAAGAUGUCUGCCUAUAACCUUGCCCUUAUGUUUGCACCCCAUGUCCUGUGGCCGAAAAAUGUCACUGCAAAUGACCUUCAAGAAAAUAUCACAAAGUUAAACAAUGGGAUGGCUUUUAUGAUUAAACACUCCCAGAAACUUUUUAAGGCUCCUGUUUAUAUUCGGGAAUGUGCCAGAUUGCACUAUUUGGGCUCCAGAACUCAAGCAUCAAAGGAUGAUCUUGAUCUGAUAGCUUCAUGUCCUACAAAGUCCUUCCAAUUGACAAAAUCUCAGAAACGGAAUUGGGUAGAUUCCUGCUCUCACCAGGAGGAGACCCAGCAGCGUACGGAAGAGGCAUUGAGAGAGUUGUUCCAACAUGUUCACAAUAUGCCAGAGUCAGCAAAGAAGAAACAACUUAUUAGACAGUUUAAUAAACAGUCUGUGAUCCAAACGCCAGGGCGAGAAUCUCCUACUCCUCGGGUACAGAAAAGAGCCCGUUCACGUUCCUUCAGUGGCCUUAUUAAGCGGAAGGUCCUGGGAAAUCAGAUGAUGUCAGAAAAGAAAAACAAGUAUCCUACUCCGGAAUCUGUAGCCAUUGGUGAAUUGAAGAGAGCCAGCAAAGAAAAUAUGAACUUAUUUUUUUCCGGCUCUCUGGCUGUCACGAUGACACCAACAAGACUGAAAUGGCCUGAGGGGAAGAAAGAAGGGAAGAAAGGAUUCCUCUGAAGGAUCUAGAGUGCUCCUGUUGUCCACCCGGAAUUUCCUCUUUAGUGGGCCAUA